GCGUCUCAGCCCAACGCACCCCCACUCCGGUAGCCAAUCACGACCCGCUACGUCGGUCGUCUCCAUCUUUGCCAUUCGGCGGGGUCAUCAGAACCCGUGAGGGAAUGCCUGUAGCAGCCCAGCUUAGCGCUGCGCGGGUGCCCAAAAACAACGCGUCUUCUUAAAUAUUACAAUCCCCGGGGUUUUUGCGUCACUUCUCUCCGCCGUGGUUACCCUUGGAAGUUUUGUGUGUGUGAGAGAUCUGGCUACUUUCUGUAAACCAUGUCGGAACUAGUUGUUGCUGGCCCCGCGCCCCCGCCGCCCAUGACGUUUCGCGAGCGGUUGACCCAGUUUAGGAUUCUUGAGGAGAAGCGAUGUGAGCUUAUUGAGGAACUGCUGGACAAGCUGGAAAAGACAGAAGAACGCCUUGCGCAAACCGAACUGGAUCUCGGGUCUGAACAGAACGUUAGACGAACACUGCAAGCGGAGAUUGCCGAGACGACGAGAACGAUGCAGGCGCAGAUAGACGAGUCAAAGGCGAAAGAGGAAGCGUUAGUACAGCAACAAGCGAAGCGACCGUUCGUCAUUGUCCUGAUAGAUGCCGAUGCGGAGGGCUUUCUGUUCCAAGACAAGUACAUCACUCGCAAAGCCCAAGGCGGCGAAUCUCUGGCCGACGAACUCAACCUCCGGAUCCGAGAAUACCUACGAGAACUCUUUGAAGAUGCAGACUCGCUCGACAUCAUUGUGCGGGUAUACGCCAACCUCGAGGGCAUGGCAAACUACCUCGUACGGCUUGAAAAGGUGCGCAACUUGGGCCAGCUUCGUGCAUUCUCCACCGGCUUCUGUGGAAGGAUAACGAGCUUCGACUGGAUCGACACUGGAGUCGGUAAAGAAGGUGGAGCAGGAAGGAAAGUCAGAGAAAACCUCUCCUUCUUCGCCCUGAACACCCAUCUCCGCCACGCAAUCGUCGCCUGUUCCCCCGCCGACCUGCCCGCCUCCCUCCUAACCACUAUCCCCCUAGAAAAACUCACUCUGAUCGAAUCCCUCCCCCUCCCCCAAUCCCUCACUUCCCUACCCAUCAAAACCGCAAAAUUCCACUCGCUAUUCCCGCCCCCCGCGCCCCCGAAAGCCGUAAAACCUGUCGUGGAGCGCAGCCGCAGCGACCGCGGGCACAGCGAAGCAGACAUUAGACGCGGCGACCGCGAUCGUGACCGAGACCGAGACCGUGAGAUCCGGCGGCGCGAUGACAGAGGCGGCGGCGGCCCGCAACUCCAACUUAUGGAGCAGGAGCACGAUGGUGGCGGCUCGACGUGGCUCGUUAUCCAGCCUGAGCGAAGCAAGAGUCAGGUUAUUGAUAGGAGGGGGGAUAGGAGACGGGCGCCGAGCGAAGACGAUAGUAGCAGUUUGAGUAUUAGUAUUGGGCCGGACAAUACUGUCAGCGUUGAUAGUGGGAGGAGAAGGAGGAUCAUGGGAUAAGGACUAUGAUUUGGGGGGAAAUGGAAUCGUAUAUGUUGGUAGCAUGGCGUGGCUUAGCAUAGCAUUUAGCGUUAUUUUCUCGCCAUGGCUUUUGGCAUCA